CUUUUAUUGGAUGAUUUUUAGUCCUUCCAAUUAUAGAAACUGAAAAAAUUUAAUAAAACGCCAAACAUUAAAAAAAAAAAUGUAUGAAAGUGUUCUGAGUCUCUCUCCUCAGCAACAGUCAUCAGAAACUCAGAAAAAAAUGGGGGAUACCAAAGUAGAGACUAUCUCUAGACUAGCACAGUGGAAAAUCGACAAUUUUGGCCCUUGUUCUUACAAAAAAUCUGACCCUUUUAAAUUGGGUCUUUGGAAUUGGCAUUUAGCAAUUGAAAAGAAUCGAUAUUUAUAUGUAAGAUUGUUUCCAGAACCUUCUCGGGUGUCAAAGGAUCAGCCGCCACUUGCUCGUUUUAUUCUUAGAGUGUCUAAUCUCGGUCUUAGUCGAAGACCCUAUAUUUCUCCUAUUCAUGAACGACUUCUUCGUAACAGCGAUGAUUUUGUGUGGCCUGUGGACACUACAUUCUAUGGCCGGUUUAUUAUUGAUGUGGAAUUCCUGGACCUGAAGAUCUGCCCAUCAACUGGUGGUCAAGCGGUUUCAAUAUGGCCAACUCAAGGAAACAUGCAAUCUUUGGCCUCGCAAAGUGCCCUCCAAACAAUCUCUCGCAUGCUUUAUGAGGAAAUCUGCACUGAUGUAACUAUCACUACUGUAGACGGAACCCUGAAGGCUCACAAAGCAAUGCUUUCGGCAAGCUCUCCCGUGUUUCAAAGUAUGUUCCUCCAUGAUCUGAAAGAAAAAGAAUCUUCAACCAUUGCGAUAGACGACAUGUCCUGGGAAUCUUGCAGGGCCCUCCUCAGCUAUAUAUAUGGAACUAUGAAUCCUGAGGAUUUUUGGAAGCACAGGCUUGGUCUUUUGGCAGCUGCAAACAAGUAUGACAUGACAAAUCUUAAAGACGCGUGUGAAGAAAGCCUCUUGGAGGACAUUAACUCAGGGAAUGUCCUAGAGAGGCUGCAGGAGGCCUGGCUUUACCAGCUUGAUAAACUUAAGAAAGGGUGCUUAACAUACUUGUUUGAUUUUGGAAAGAUAUACGAUAUUAAGGAUGAUUUAAGCAACUUUUUUCAAACUGCUGAUAGGGAAUUACUGACUGAGAUGUUUCAGGAGAUUCUUACAGCAUGGAAGCCAGCUUAAUUACCCUUGAAGCUUGUCAUAGGUAACAUGUAAAUACUGACAAGCUUCUAAUCUCUCUAGUGCCUUAACCUAUUUUAUGCCUUUUCUUUGUUCCUCCCUCACGUUGCUCUUUACUUCGCAUGUGGGUUGGGAUAGUUGGGAAUGGAUAUUGUGAGUGUAUUGUGAUACUGAUACAACAUAAGAUUUUGUGCCGUGUUUAUGUAAUGAUUUAAUGAGGUUUACUGCUAAUAGCAGUUAACCAGAGUUGUCGUCUGAUAAGCAUAAACUUCAGAAAGUAUUUUCUGUUAGUUACUAUGCACUUCUUCGUAUAAUCAUAUUAUAUAAUCCUGAAGUUUUACUAGAUGAUCGUGAAGUUUU